AAUGCAUCAGUUGUUAACGCAAACGAAUCCACACAAAGCAUCAUGAACUCCUUGGCUAUUGUAGCUUUCUUCGCCGCUUUGGCAGCUAGCAGCGCGUCAGUCAUCGCUCCUUCAGCAAGGAUCAUCCAAGGACCGAGCGCCAGGGCCACAGUAGCUGGACCUGACGGCAGUAUAAUCUCUUCCGUAGCUCCAGGAGGACAAAUCGUUGCCGAAGAUUACUCAGGAUAUGUCGCUCAUGCAGCUCCAGUAGUCGCCGCCCCCGUAGUGUCCGCCUAUGCUUCCCUCCCUGCUUACACCGCAUAUUCCGCUCCUGUGAUUUCUAGCUACUCUGCCCCCGUAGUGUCUGCCUAUACCGCCCCCUCAGUAGUUGCCAGUGGUGUAGUUGCCCAAAAAUCUGUUGACUCAGUAGUUGCUGGUCCAUCCGGUACCAUCGCUACCAGCAAGACUGUCGCUACCCCCGCUAUAUACGCCGCUCCAGCAGUAUACGCCGCCCAUGGAGUUCGUGGACUUUAUCUUUGAGUGGUUUCGUUUGUAGAUAGCUGAAUUUUUGUAGAAUAAAAGACUUUUGAGAU